AUGCGCGAGUGCAUUGUGGUUGAAAAGGUGGUGGCCAUCGGCUUAUUCAAAUUGUGCUCCGUGGCAGAGGACCGAGUCGUGGCCAGUGUCUUCGGCAUCGGACGAUCGACAGUGAAUGGCAUUUACAAGGAGUUUUGCGAAGCCGUCGUGUCUGUAUUGGAAAGCAACUUGAUCAAGAUGCUCAGUCAGUCUGAUAUUGCGGAACACAUUCGGGAAUUCUCGGCCGUCAGUGACUUUCCACAAGUUGUAGGAGCCCUUGACGGGUGCCACUUCCCAGUUUCACCGCCACAAGAACAUGCCACUAAUUAUUAUAACUACAAGGGGUGCAUUAUUCUUCUGGCCCUUGUAGACCACAGGUACCGUUUCAGGUUCAUAAAUGUUGGUGCCCCUGGCAGAUGCCACGACUCUCAUGUGUAUCAAAUGUCAAGCCUCUCCCAUAUGGUUGAGGGUCUCCUGUUCAAGAAUCCGGUUGCUACAAUAGGAGGAGUUGCUGUGCCACCUCUGGUGCUUUGUGACCAGGCCUUCCCACUUACACCUAACCUCAUCAAGCCCUUUGGACACAACGGCCCACUUCGUGCAGAGCAGAAAAAUUUUAAUUACCACAUCAGCCGAGUGAGACGUGUAGUGGAAAACGCCUUUGGAAGAUUUAAAGCAAGAUUUCGCUUCACGUCGAAGAGAAUGGAAUGCGACAUCGCAAAUGCUCGCCUGGUGAUUCGCGCAUGCUGCGUGCUCAACAACAUUUGCGAACAGUUUAGUGAUGCUGUUCCGCUUCAAUGGCUCCAGGAAGUUCAGCAGUCAGACUCCCAACUGCCACAACCAGAACGCAGCAGUGAUUCACAGAUUGGGAACGCGGACAGUGUGCGUUCUGCACUUGUAGAUUAUUUCAGCCAGCGGAUGCAGACCCAGGCAACUCGCUCCUAG